AUGGCGCAAGUGCGCAAAUAUGCCGCGCUCCCCGAUCUGGAUGAAUCGCCAGACACAUACGAGACACCAGACCUCACCGACGACGCAUCGACAUUACCGACAAGCACAGCAUGGUCAGAUACAUCCGACACAGACGCCAAUCCCAGCAUCAGCCGAAGUAAACUACAACCCGACGACGCGCGGUCCCAAUUUCAGUCUUCACGCGUCGAUGCACGAGACACGGACUUCUCAGACCGUGUGAGCAGCAAGAGAAGAGCCUAUGUUGUGAGCAACAGGGAACAGAAUCAAGACGGGGAGGACUACGACAGCGAGGAUGAGAAUGAGAGUUUGCAGAGGAAGCUGGCAAGAUUGAACAGGGAAAUGCUCGAGGUGCAGAAUGAAUUGGACAAGAGGAAGAGCGAAGCGAACGGCAUUCAGGCACAACCAGGGGAUGAGGAUAUGGCUGCUCAAGUGGCUCGGUUGAGCACAGCAUUGGACGGUAUGCGCCACUCGCAAUCUGCACAAGCUCGUCUGAGCAAACAGCUGCCAACCUCGUCUUUGACGCCUGCAAAGGCAGAUGCCAUCUCAGUGCCAGACUCAACCCGGGCGGAGGCAGCCACCAAAGACACCAUCGACUCCCAAGCCCUGAACAAAGUCGCCGAUUUCGAUGCUCGUCUCGCCAUCCUCGAACGCCAACUCGGCAUCACCUCCCUCGACACUCCCCAGACCUCGACCACAGACUCAAACUUCACACCCAUCCUACCCACCCUCUCGCUCCUAGACCGCCAACUCGCCCUCCUCACCUCAUCUCCCUCUGCAUCUCACAUUGACACCCUGGCUCAAAGGCUCCAACAACCUACUUCCUCCGAAACAACACAAUCAGAGCACACUUCUCCAGAAGACAUGGCAAAACUACGCGCUCUGUACGCCUUGCUACCAACUCUGACGUCUCUGAGCCCCACACUACCUCCCUUGCUCACUCGGCUACGGUCUCUACGAACUUUACACGCCAAUGCAGUGACCGCGAGUCAAACACUCGACGAGGUGGAACAAAAACAAGACGAAGCAGACAAGGAGAUCCGCGAAUGGCGGGAUGGCCUCAAGAAAGUAGAGGAGGCUGUUGCUAGGGCAGAGACUGGCAUGCUCCAAAACAGCGCUGCAGUCGAGACUUGGGUCAAGGAGUUAGAGGAGAGAGUCAAAAAACUCAGCUAG